GGGAAAAGCGUGGGCAGGUGUCAUGGGUUAGAAAAGGCUUUGGCUUUGCACGGUUUUCCGGGUUUGGAACGAGCGGGCGUUUGUUUGCUCUUGCAGUGAGAGGAUCCGAAGGUCUGUACAUGGUGAACGGGCCGCCCAGCUUCACGGAGAGCACAGCGUUUCGAAGGGACUGUGGAAAAAAUUGCAAAGCCGUUGCUUUCAGCAAGGACGGUUCCCUCUUUGCCUGGUGCAAUGGGGAAAGAGUGAAUAUUGUUAAUGUCAGCAGUGCUGAGUCGCUGCGUUCCUUCGACCUUCCGAAGGCGGUUUGCCUCGAAUUCUCACCGAAGAAUAACAUCCUGGCAACCUGGCAGGCUUAUACAACUGCUAAAGAUGGCACAGCAGGGGUGCCCAACCUACAACUUCAUGAUGUGAAAACUGGGAAAUGCUUAAAAUCUUUCAUACAGAAAAAGAUGCAGAACUGGUGUCCCUGCUGGGCGGAUGAUGAAAGCAUUUGUGCCAGGAACGUGAACAACGAGGUGCACUUCUUUGAAAACAACAACUUCAAUACUAUUGCAAAUAAACUGCAUUUGCAAAAGGUUAAUGAUUUUGUGUUAUCUCCAGGAGCACCGCCAACCAAGGUGGCUGUGUACGUUCCGGGCAGUAAAGGUGCACCAUCCUUUGUGAGACUCUAUCAGUAUCCCAACUUUGGGGGCCCUCAGUCUGCACUCGCCAAUAAAAGUUUCUUUAAAGCUGACAAGGUGACGAUGCUGUGGAACAAAAAAGCCACUGCUGUGCUGGUAGUAGCUAGUACAGAAGUCGAUAAAACGGGUGCUUCCUACUACGGAGAGCAAACGCUGCACUACAUCGCAACGAACGGAGAAAGCGCCGUCGUACAGCUGCCAAAAAACGGUCCUAUUUAUGAUGUUGUUUGGAGCCCCAAUUCUCUUGAGUUUUGUGCAGUGUAUGGUUUUAUGCCUGCCAAAGCAACAGUUUUUAACCUGAAAUGUGACCCUGUGUUUGAUUUUGGAACCGGUCCUCGCAAUGCUGCCUACUACAGCCCCCAUGGACACAUCCUGGUGCUAGCAGGGUUUGGAAAUCUCAGGGGACAGAUGGAAGUGUGGGACGUUAAAAACUACAAACUCAUUUCCAAACCAGUAGCCUCGGAUUCCACGUACUUUGCUUGGUGUCCUGACGGGGAGCACAUCGUAACCGCUACGUGUGCUCCCAGGCUACGAGUUAGUAAUGGUUACAAGAUAUGGCACUACACUGGCUCUCUGUUACACAACUACGAGGUUCCAUCCAGUGAAGAAAUGUGGCAGGUUUCCUGGCAGCCCUUCAUGGAUGGAGUGUUCCCAGCGAAAGCCGUGAAAUACCAGGCGGUUCCAAGCGAAUUGCCCAGUGCCGAGCCGAAGCCUGCUCAAGCGUACAGACCUCCAGCCCUGAGAAACAAACCCGUGACAAGUUCCAAGCUCCACGAGGACGAGCCGCCGCAGAAUAUGAAAGCGCCGUCGGGAAGCAGCGACAAGCCGCUCUCUAAAACCGCUCUCAAAAACCAAAGGAAACACGAAGCGAAAAAGGCUGCUAAGCAGGAGGCCAAAGCUGAUGCAAACCAGGAAUCCCAGUCCUCAGCAUCACAGAAUGCACCACGGAGUUCUGUGCCUGCCGUGACAUCAGGAGAUCCUGAAGUUGACAAGAAGAUAAAGAAUUUGAAAAAGAAACUAAAGGCAAUUGAGCAGCUGAAAGAACAAGCAGCUGCUGGCAAACAGCUGGAGAAGAAUCAGUUGGAGAAGAUUCAGAAAGAAACUGCUCUCCUUCAGGAACUGGAAGACCUAGAACUGGGUCUUUAA